CAUUUAAUUACACGGGGCCUGCAUUAUCUCGCUAAGGUAACAUUGGGGAUACACACCGACGGUGUGAUUUAAUCGACAGUAUCGAAGAGUAAAUAGUUUCCAAUUCCUAAAAGUAAAUGAACGGUGCUACUGUACGAGGUACGAAAAAUGUCCCAUGAAAAACGCUCUCAGUCUUAUGUUUCUUUCUGAUUAUUAUACGCCAAUAUACGCAAUAGUAUCGAAUUCAAUUGUGGAGGAUCUGUCGAGAAGAAUAGCAAAAUAUAGAAGAAAAAAAUGGGACGAACAAUUUACGCCGAGGAACAUCUUCGCACAUAUUUAGCAUCUCUAGCGAAAUCGGACGGAUAUGUAAUUGGAUUAAUUUUAGGACAGAGUGCUGGACAAAAAGACUAUGUAGUGCAUUUAGCAAAGACACCACCUCCUCUCACUAAAAAUGUUGUCGAAGAAACAUUAAUUAGCUCUACUUCGCUUGAAGAACAGGAUACAGCAAAUACAUAUAUUAAAUCUGUUAUGGAUAUACCUAUCAGUUGGAUUGCUGAUCACGCUAAACAUGUUACAAAAAUGUUGCCUGGUGGAAUGUGGGUACUUGGUGUAUUUAUUGUCGGACCUGAAGAUACGUUAGAUAAUACUAAUAAUGUACAGAAGCUUAAAUCAGUUCUUAGCGCAAUUUACAAAACUCUAUCAUGGAAUAAUAAGCACCUUUAUGGAAAUAACCACGAUGAGAAGAUUAUAUUAAGUUUUAACAGCAUCACGCAAAAAUAUAUUUGCAAGUCUAUAGACAUUACUAAAGAUAAUAUAUUAAAACCAGCCGACUGGAAAUUCCAAGAAAGAGCAGCUAAAUGGCAUCAACUUGAAGCUUUAAUAGACUUUGACAGAUUAUUUCUUAUUGCAGCAGAUAAGAAUCCCGAGACUUUCAAAAAACAGCUACAGAAUAUCUUGGCAAGCGUAGCAGAUUUAAUCGAUUCUUCACUCGUCGUUAUCGAGGGAGAAGUCGGAGCUCCGGAUGACGCAUUAGAAAUGAUUGGCAAAAGAAAGAAAAAUAGCAAAGAAUGUAAAAAUAAGAAAGACAAUAAUAAUAACUCGUUUCAAGUUAAUCUAUACAUUCCCUGCGAGCAAAGCGAUACUAAUUCUUGUAUAAAAGUAACAUCAUGUAGUGCAUCAAUACGACUAAUAGGACAAUUAGUCAGUAGAACAUUCCUACAUCAAAAAGCAAGUAUUGCAGAAGCCAACAUGGCUGUGAAACAAGAUAUAGUAAGAUCUCUGGCAAGCAGAUUGGAAAUGCAUUGGGACAGUUUAAUAGAAGAGGAAAAUGGUUCUCCCGAAGAAAAUAUCACGUUGCAUGAACCACCGCGAAGGGUAUUGAUAGCCUUACCAGAAAAUAAAGUCACACUAUCAGAUUAUCUAUUUCCCGGCGAAGGACCGCAGGAGGCAUUAUUGUCGCUACAAGAACUUCUAGAUCUCAAAGUGCAAGAAAGUCAAGUACAAAAAGAAGUCGAGCUACAAGCUGAUCCUACAGAAUUUUACUGCCAAAGCGAUGUCAAUAAUAAAUCAUUGGACAGUAGUACUGAUAUAACUAAAAGUAAUUGUCAAAUAAGCGUUUAUCAAAUAACUGUUUAUCUUACUGGAAUAAGUGUUGCGCUUAUUAUAUUGAUAAUAGCUGUCCUUGUGCAUCAACUACUCACAGUUUAAUAUAUACUCUACGUUUGUAUUUUAUUAAUAAUGCACAUGAGAGAGAUACAGGCACACACACUUUGUGUCUUACACAAUAUAUGUCUAUUUUAAAAUAUAAUACAUUUUUUGAAACCAUGUCUAUAUGUAAAUUCUGAUGUAAAAAUAUUAACUUAUUUAAUAUAUGUUACACAACAAAAACCAA